CAGCUGUCAACCACACUCGUCGUCAAUCACUUCACGCUUCGCUCAUACGACUCUCCCCACGGUGCCGCCCCCCGCGCGACGCAUCCCCUCACCUACCAUCUGAGGCAAACACUGCUGUUUGCCGGCCGUCUUUGGCAUCGCCGCAGCUUUUCCGCUUACCGCAUUCCCCCCUCCUGCACGUCGACUCCAUCCCGCCCUUCGCUGCCACCGCCCGUUUUGCCUCGUGAACUCCCUUCGGACAGCCUCUCCUGCCACAACCCCCGAGUCCUCGAGCUUUCACAAUCGGGUAAUGCGCCUUCAACCUCCGGAAUAGUGCCACGCGGUCCACGAGGGUGCUGCGCAGGAGACGCAGGGAGCUGCCGGCGUAGAAGCACUCAAGCUGGUAACGUCUCUGGAUGGUCGUCGCAAGGACCCAAGGCAGAGCUCCGGACCAUCCAUCAUCCACGACCUUAUCGCACGUCCGGGAUUCUCCAAUCGACAGCCACCUCGGAACGCGAGUCUGGCUCUAUUCUGAGCAGUUCUCCCACCGCGAGGUCUCGCGCAAAUUCCGACACCAGCCACCCCGAAUCCAAACUCACCAUCUUCGGCAUUGUUCGUGCCAUGCAACCCGAAGCCGCGGGCCCGGCGGUAACGGGCUCCUCCUCCAAGCGGAGUAUCAGUGAUACCAGGACACCCACCAUGCACAGUCCUGCCAGGCCGUCUACGCCCCCUCCCCUGUCCGACCAACUUUCCUCAGAAGUUAGACAAGGUGGUGAUGGCGACGGGUCUGGGAGGAUACGCAGUCGUACAAGGGCCAGCGAUGGGGCUGGAAGGUCGGCCGCCGUGGAAGCGCAAGUCGUUGAUAGCGCUUUGCUAAGAGAGCUUCAACGGCCCCAUCGAGAGAGCACGCCAAGUGCUAGCCCCCAUCGCAAACGGCAAAGAAUAAACGGUGACCGGUUCAUACCUUCUCGCGCCGGCCAGGACCUCCAAGCCAGCUUCAGCCUUCUCCACGACGACGGGUCGCCAGCCACACCCUCAAGACAGAAGAAACGUACGCCACAUGGCGAACUUCAUUUUCAAAAGACCGAGGAAGCAAACCGCACGUUUUCCACUCUGCUUCGGGCUGAGCUCUUCGACAGCUCGGUGCCUCAAGCAUCGACUCCCGUACUGGCUUCUGAGAAUGCACUUUCGUCGUCUGUUCAGGCCCAUGCGAACAAUGGUGCGCGCGCACAUACGCCGCCGAUCAACGGCUCGGCUCCGUCGCUUCCUUCUUCCCUGACUCCGUCCACACCUCACAAGAACCUCUUCUCAUACAUGUCACCACGCCACCAAAGCCAUGUGGCAGGCCACCCAACGCCCACAAAAACGCCGCAGAGUCGUCAUGGGCCCAAUCUGGACACGAGAGCCGAAAUCUACAGCCUUUCGCCAGUCCGGUUUGGAAGCCAGCAGCUGCUCCUGAGCCCCCGAAGACAACCUCGGGCGGUGAGCAAGGUACCAUACAAGGUUCUGGAUGCCCCCGAGCUCGCCGAUGAUUUUUACCUGAAUCUGGUUGAUUGGGGAAGCGCAAACGUGCUGGGUGUCGGGUUGGGAUCCAGCGUCUACAUGUGGAACGCCCAGACAAGUAAGGUCAACAAACUUUGCACGCUCGAGGACGAUACUGUCACCAGCGUCUCAUGGAUCCAAAAGGGAACCCACCUGGCUAUUGGUACUGGGAAGGGGCUUGUCCAGAUUUGGGACGCUGAGAAGACGAGACGGUUACGGACGAUGACCGGGCACACGGCGCGCGUAGGGUCGCUGGCCUGGAACACACACAUCCUGACAUCGGGAUCGCGUGACAGACUGAUAUACCAUCGGGACGUUCGGGCUCCUGAUCAGUGGCUCAGAAAGCUCGUUGGACACAAGCAGGAAGUCUGCGGUCUCAAGUGGAACUGCGAAGAUGGCCAGCUCGCCAGUGGGGGAAACGACAACAAGUUGAUGGUCUGGGAUAAGCUCUCGGACACACCACUGUGGAAGUUCUCGGACCACACCGCAGCCGUAAAGGCCAUCUCAUGGUCUCCACACCAACGAGGUCUACUCGCUUCCGGCGGAGGCACAGCUGAUCGACGCAUCAUCUUCCACGACACAGUCAAGGGAUCGGUCAUCAACGAAAUCGACACGGGUAGCCAGGUCUGCAAUAUUGCCUGGUCAAAGAACUCCAAUGAGAUUGUGUCCACACACGGGUACAGUCAGAACCAGAUUGUCGUGUGGAAGUACCCUUCAAUGACGCAGGUUGCGAGCUUGACAGGUCAUACGUAUCGUGUGCUGUACUUGGCUAUGAGCCCAGACGGCCGCGUGGUCGUGACGGGCGCAGGGGACGAGACGCUGCGCUUUUGGUCUGUCUUUGGCCGUCGGCCAGGAGCCCGAGAAGAAGGAGAGAAUGGCGGUGGACGACUGGCGGACUGGGGCAUCAUUCGAUAAGGCUCUCAACAUGCGCAUCGACAUAACGGUCUAAGGGAAAUGGGCAUGUUCAGGCUCAGCCAACCGUGGGCCUGUCGAGCUUCCUUGGCGCCAUUUGGUUCAAUACGAACAGCACUAAUGGUGAGAGUCUUCGCUCUUUCCUUCGCUCAUUGGGUUUGUCUAGACAGUGGCGCUUGUGGGCUGCCUUUACUUUGCCACCACUCAACUUCAGUGCUAACUGAAUGUCGAUACGGUGUCCAUGGACUUGCGGGCGAGAAAAGGGUGUUUGGGGCUGCACGGGGCAAGUAGCGUCUGUGUAGCGAUUAUUGUUGGCAUUUUAUUCGGGCAUAGCGCAAUCCAGAGAAGGUGACGCUUCUCGACGCAAGAAUCAAACUACUCUUUACAUCUUGA